AUGAGAAUAACGAGCGAUCAGCGAUUAGACCCGGCACAGAACUUCGUCAUCGCCGGCACUGCGGCUGCGGUCGGUCGAUUGGCAGCCAACCCGUUCUCGGUUGCGAAGAUCUGGGGCGAAGCCGGUAGACCGGGCGGCAAAAUGGGACCCGUGAUGGCCCUUUACUGGAUCGGCCGCUCUGAAGGCCUGAUGAACACCCCGAUGAUUGCCGCACCCAGUGUGGAACGAUCAUCAUCGAUAUUCUUUUGGGGAGGCGUCGGAAACAUCGUGGCGACAACUCUUACUCACCCAUUGGACGUGAUCAAGACACGAUUGGUCCUGCAGUCGAACCGAUCUGUGUACGCUAACUCGUGGGAUGCCGUGGUGAAAAUACUCAAACAAGAGAAUAUAUUUGGCCUGUAUCGAGGACUUGCGCCGUCACUUGUCGGUGGAUUCGUAUUCAGUGGUUCAAUGUUCGCUCUGUGGGAUCUUGGAGAUAACCUGCCUUGGCGGCGACGAAACGCGAAGCGGAUAAUUGUGUUGGAAUGGUUCACUGUUCCUUGUUUGGCCGUAGCUCUAGCCUGUACCAUCUCUCAUCCAUUUGAUGUUCUUCGAAGGAAGAUCAUGGCUACAGGUAAAAGCUUACCUAAUGGAACUCUGUGUGAUGUCGCCGCUCCGGGUUUUUUUCCGGCGGUAAUGAAGACGUUGCGUAAAAACGGUCUACCCGGUUUUCUGCACGGUUUAGUUUCCAACUGGCUGAAGGUAAUUGACCAUUGUGCUUAGUA